CUGUCUCUCUCUCUCUUUAUCUUUCUAUUUCUCUUUCUCUUUCUCUUUCUCUCGUCUCUUGGCGAAUAUUAAAAGUCGCGUAGAGAGAGUUUGUGACGUUAAUACAUACACAAACACAUACAUACACGCACACACAAACGAAUACAACAGUAUUAUGAUUAAUAAUAUAUGAACAUUUUCUAAAUUAUUGAUGAAAUCUUUUGCGUUUUCAAAUAAUAUAUGUUUUCAUUCCGGCGAUUUAAAUAAUUAAGUUAAGUCCAUCAUUAUCAUCAUCGUAUUACACAUAUAUAGAAUACAUAUAUAUAUAUAUAUAUAUACAUAUUUAUAUAUAUAUAAUCGUAUUCAUUUCUCGACGUUAAGGAUUAGAUUUGUGUAGCAUUUUAUAUUGGGUUAUAGCGACAUUAUAUACAUACAUAGAAAUCUUAGCAUCGAGAUUUUGAUUGCGAAAAUGAAUCGCAUCGAUACGAAGAAUAUCCGAUUAUAUCGGGCGAUUACUUUGAAAAUGCACGUCAUGAAGGAGCAUACCGUUUUGUAGAAUAUAUUUGAUUAAAUUUUUCAAUGUAGAGUUUGAUAUCUGAUAAGGAUGGUUACCAAGAAAAGAAAAAAGGAAAAAGAAAGAAAACGAUUGCAAAAGUACAGAAAAUGUUGGACGAAGAGAAGAUAAUUAUUGGUAGAAAAUAGAAAGAAAAAGAAAAAAGUUGUAAAUACGAUGACUUUAAUUUAUCAUCGCAUACAAUUGUAUUUAAAAAAUUAACGAUUAUUUAAUAUAUUGCAGAUAUAAAUGGUAAAUGCAAGAAAAAGAAAUUGUCUUAGUUUUCUUCACGUACGAAAAGUAUUUAUCCUUCGAGUAUUAUAAUUAUUUAUUUCUACGUACGUAUCUAUAAUCUGAUUAAUUAGACUGAAUAGAAGAAAAAGCGAUGUAGAAUAUUUAUCCGAGUAUUUCUCUCAAAUUUGACGAAAGGCGGCGAUGCAAAGAAAUUGUAUUGCAAUUAACAAAUUAGAAUCUUUAGAGAAAAUUUGAAUUUUGCAAGUAGUAUCUUUGUAUUAUGAAAUAUACUCUAUCAAAAAUGAAUCAUAAUAAUCUUGUAUAUGUAUACUUUUAUUUUUUACUUUUAGAUUAGAAAAAAUCCGAUAGUUCAUUAUUUUAUUCGAUCUAGAGAAAAACAAGAGAGGAAGAGAAAGAGAGAGAGAGAGAGAGAGAGAGAGAGAGAAUUGAUAAAAUAACAUGGAGUAUUUCUAUCGAACUUAUUGUUAGUUAUACAUAUGAAAACAUUUCUUUACCUUCGGCAAUUGAAUUCAACUUCAUUUUCCGCCAUUCCAAAGUAGUCGAGUACCACCAAUCGCGUUCGCCCGUCGUCCGUCAUCCAAUCACGUUCGCGAAUCCGUUACCUCCAGUAGGUAAAAGUAAAUGUAAAUAUCGUUCGGAAUAUAUAUAAUUUUGAAAAACAAGUGGAUAAUAAAACGCGAGAAUAAACAUGAGUUAAGGGAAAUCAUUAAAUAUUAGUACGAUCGAACGAUAUUCUCUCUCAGAAAAACAAGUUUGAAAUAUCGAGAGUGGGGAUAAGAGAAAGAAAGAGAGAAGGAAAGAAGGGUGGGGAGGUACGUAAGUAAACGAGCUUGUCUUUGUCGCACCGCCAUAAUGGCGCACAGGCGCACAGCGCAUUCUCACGGUGCGCCGUGGUACGAGAACGGCGCAUCAAUGGGCGGCCAGAGGGUAAGAUGGCGGAUCGUGAUUCGGAGGUGCAGGAGGAGGAAAAAGAAGUGCAGCAGCGGCAGCGACAGAAGCAGGAGCAGCGCCGAACGAGAUCUGAGGUUAAGGAGGACGGCAUUCGCGGAAUGAACGCGAGCGUCCAUCCUAUAAACGAUACGACGAGUGUGAUGACCACGACGAUAAUGGCGUCGACAACGAGUACGACCACGGCGACGGCGACGACAACGACGACGAAUACGACCGCGGUGAAUACUGUGAUCAACAAUGGUCGAGUGCCGCAACAUAAUCUUGUCAAUCAACAACAACAACAACAACAACAACAACAACAAAUGAAUAAUCCGAAUGUUGGACAAGGACCGAGAUGUGUUACCAUCUACAAAACGGAGACUGGCUUUGGGUUCAACGUUCGAGGUCAGGUCAGCGAGGGUGGACAAUUGAGAAGUAUCAACGGCGAGCUUUACGCACCCUUGCAACACGUCAGUGCUGUUUUACCCCGAGGUGCCGCAGAAAAGGCCGGCGUUCGCAAGGGUGAUCGAAUACUCGAGGUCAACAACGUGAACGUCGAGGGUGCCACUCACAAGCAGGUCGUCGACUUGAUAAAGUCUGGUGGUGACGUACUGACGUUGACGGUGAUAUCCGUGACACCACAAGAAGCUGAAAGGCUAGAACCUUGUGAGGAUCUAAGCUAUCCACCGAUAGACUAUAGCGAGAAACGAUCCUUACCCAUUAGUGUACCGGAUUACCAUGUCCGUGAAAGGAAACACGAACGUUACGUUGUUUUCAAUGUACACAUGGCUGGAAGGCAUUUGUGUUCUAGACGUUAUCGUGAAUUCGCUGCCCUUCAUAUGGCCCUGAAAAAGGAAUUUAUUGGAUUUAAUUUUCCGAAGUUACCUGGAAAAUGGCCUUUUCAAUUGACGGAACAGCAAUUGGAUGCCAGAAGACGAGGUUUGGAACAGUAUCUUGAAAAAAUCUGUGCCGUACGUGUAAUUGCCGAGAGCGAUGCUAUGCAAGAAUUUCUAACCGAUAAGUUAGACGAGGACGGUGACCAAGGUCCAGCGGUUGACCUAAAGGUUCUCUUACCUGAUCGCGAGGUCGUUACCGUGACGGUCGUGAAAGCUGCUUUGGUCAAGGACGUCUACGAUGCGGUGUGUAGUAGAGUCGGACUUGAUUCGGAAACCGCCAAGUAUUUUUACCUCUUCGAGAUAGUCGAGUACAAUUUCGAGAGGAAACUUCAACCUCACGAGCACCCGCACACACUUUAUAUUCAGAAUUAUUCGACGGCGAGUGCGACGUGCCUAGCGAUAAGGAGGUGGUUGUUCAAUGUAAAUAGGUCUCUUAGCGAGCAGGCCCUGACGUGGAUCUUUUGGCAGACCGUUGACGAGGUCAACAGGGGACACAUUAGCGCUGGCGAGCGAUUGUAUCAGUUGAAAGCCCUUCAGGAUGCAUCUAGAAAGCACGAGUAUUUAAAAUUGGCGAGAGAGUUGAGCGGAUACGGCGAUAUCGUCUUUCCACAUUGCGCUUGCGACUCCAGGAAGGAAGGACACGUUGUCGCAGCGGUUGGCAUGGCAGCAUUCAAAUUACAUGCAGCGAAAGAGGAUGGUACCUUAGAAUCUCAAGUAGUCGAAUUUCAAUGGAACACCAUAACCAGAUGGGAGGUAGACGAUGAAGGCAUGGCCUUUUGCUUUCAAUAUACUCGACAAGAUAAUAGGCCGCCACGUUGGUUGAAAGUUUUCACACCUUAUUAUACCUUCUUGUCUGAUUGCUUCGAUCGAAUAGCAGAAGAGGCGAAGUGGGACGAUCCCGGAGAAUGACGCAGUAUUCGUCGUUAAUACGUUUCUUCUUUUCUUUUUUCUUUUUCUUUUUUCAUUUUUUAUUCUUUCAUCUUUAAAUACCGAUCAUUUAUAAUAACGAUCAACUCGCAUUGAUCUUCGUAAUCUGGCCAUUUGGUAGGAUUAUUGUUAUAACUUAAUCAGUGCGAUUGAACGAAGUAUCGUUUAUCAUAUCAACAAUGUCGCGCUUUUCUCACGUUCACUUUAGAAUGAUAUAUUCGUUUUAUUAAUACGAAUCUUAUAAACAUGUCAUUACAUAUAUUUUCAUAUAUGAUACACGUAAUAAUAUAACGUUCCAACGUUAUAAUAUCUUCUUUUGUUGCUUUUCUUUUUGCAAUAGUAUAUUAGAAGAAAUUAUAAAGAAUCAUAUAAUUUCAGAAUAGUAUUUACUUAUUAUUUCUUACUCUUUCUUUUUUUGUGUGCUUUCUUUUUUUAUAUUUUCGUUUUUUUUCUUCUUCUUUCUUUUUUUAUGUAAGAUCUGUUAUCUUACCUCACUUUAUCUAUACUGUCGCGUUAAUAAUAGAAUACAAAGGAAUUAUAUAAGACGACGUCGGGUAAGAAAUGAAAGAAUAUGAGAGAUCGUAUAAAUAACGCCUAGUGUCGGUAUAUAAUUUGGCCUAUAAGUUAUUUCCUAGAACGUGUAAUUCGAUUUCUCGUUUCAGAAACAAUCGAAUUAUAAAUUGUUCCUUCUUAUUAGCCUAAUAUACAUAUAAAUAUAUACAUACAUGCAUACAUACAUACAUACAUAUAUAUAUAUAUAUAUAUAUAUAUAUAUACAUAUUAUUCUCUCUUUAAAUUUCUUUUACGAAAGCUUACCAUAUUCUUCGUUGACUUAAUAAACAAAGUAUUAUGUGCUUCGUUCGAGUUUACACCUCCUUGUACUAUCUCUCAAAUUUCAAUGUGCUUUUAUUAAAAUUUCUACGCUUAUUGAAAGCUUAUUGAAAUCUUUGAGAUAUUCCACUUGAAGUCUCUUCAAAGAUCGAAAAUGUUGGAAGGCUAUUAAUUAACAUUUUCAAUUUGUAUUAUAUAUUAUUCCAUUACUCGUUCGUGAUCACCUUGUAUACGUUAAAAAAAGAAAAUGAAAUGAAAUGUAAUGUAAUGUAAUGUAAUGUAAUGUAAUGUAAUGUAAUGAAAUAUUUGCAACGGAUGAUGUGUGUUUUGAAAAGUCAAGAGAUUCACAAUUUAUUGUAUCUAUAGAUGCCUAUUUUUUUAAAUUAAUGAAUUAUUAAUACGUUCUACGCGUUUAGAGUAAAUCUCUGAAUUAUUAUAAAAUUAUUACGUUGUAAAAUUAAUUGAAAACAUAGAAAAGAAAGAGAGUAAUGGAGCACGCCUGACAUAAAACAAGGUACAUAUUUUCCCCAGUACUUCGGUGAUUAACAAUACUCAUUAAAUAGUACUACUGAUAAGAAGAGUUGCUAAAUAAUAAUAGUAAUAAUAAUAAUAAUAAUAAUAAUAAUAAUAAUAAUAAAAAUAAUAGUUAUAUUAAUAAUGAUGAUGAUAAUAAGAGAAUUAAGAAUUAUAUAUGUGUAUAUAUAUAUAUAUAUAUAUAUAUAUAUAUAUAUAUAUAUUCAAUAUGAGGAAUAUUAUUCUCGGCGAAAGGUCAACUUUUAGAAGCACCUUCGUCAUGUCACGACGUAAAUACGAACGAUAAACUUUUUAAAAUCUUUUCUCUCUUUUUUUUUUUUUUUUGUUGAUUUUUAUGGACUAUUAAUUUGUGCAUCAUUGUACAGUUUCAUACAAUAAUGUUUUUCAUUCAUAUUUCGUUGUAUUGUUGCAAACGUUUCUCGUUCGAGUAUAAUCUUGACUAUAGUAUAUGUAAAAUAAAGAAGUGAACACACAUUAUAUACAUAUAAAUACACAUACAUGUACACGUUACAUAUAACACGUACGCUUAUGAAUACACCCAUACAUACAUAUAUACAUAAAUAAUUGUCGUUAAUGUUUUUAAACUUUAUGCAGAAUGCAUCGCGUGAAUGAAAGAAGAAAUGUAGAAUUGAGCGAUGUGAAAUUUUGUUAGACUAUACAUACACGUUUUCGAGAGUAUAGUAACAAUAAUGUUAAUAGUUAUAAGUAGAUAAAUAUAUCAAUGUAAAUGAAAAGAAAAAAGGAGAACGCAGAAAUAUACGAGUAAUUAUAGUUGUA